AUGUCGACUGCGCAGCCUUUGCUGCCGAAAACCAGCAUCUUCGAGUCCUUGGCACGGAAUCCCAAGGUCUCUCGCUUCAUCUCGACUGCUGCAGAAGCAAAGGACGACCCCAAGUUGCAAGAGACCCUGGAGAAGUUGAAGCCCUGGGUGUUGGGAGCUCUCGGAUUUGCUCGAGCAGUCGUGCAAGGCUACUUCAGCCUCUAUUCAUUUUUCUACGACAUUUUCGUGAAGCUUCCGGCAGACGAGCUGAAAGCAGUGAUUGGACUCGUCCUUUGCUUCUUCGGUGGAGUGUAUGUCACCCUCAUUGCUGCCGUGGAGGCUUUCCGAACAAUGGGUGGGCAAAGUUUGUACGAUGACCUGGCCUACGUGAAGCUGGAACUGGACAAUGUUGCUUGGUUGCAGUGCGAGGGUGCCUGGAGCAGGCAAAGCUAUGGGCACUGUCGCACUCUCAUAAACUUACUUUCGCCCCUGGCCUUCGCUGAAUCACUCAUCAAAUUCGGCUUUCCCCUGCAAACGCUCGCGCCAGGGCAGCGAAUACGCAGCGUGCCCGCAACAAGCUGCGAAGCCCAGCAUUGA